CAGUCUCCAUGACGACACGUACGUCUGACGUCACCAACGCUGCGCCUCAAAGCGAGUGGACUGUGAGGGCAGCAGAGCUGUGUUUGUAUAGGAUUUGCCCGUAACAAAUAUGGUUGUUUACAUAUGAUUAGCUAAUGAUCUCUGAGUAUAAGACGUAGCCCUCACGCACCAAUGAUCGGCUGACUACAGGCCACGCCCUCUGUCAGCCUGUAACCAAUCACGGUGCUCCGCAUGUUCCGGAAGGGAUUGUCCGGGGUGAGGAGGAAGCCGGAAGUGACAGCGCGGGGACUGAGAUCGGAAUGGAGCGGUGACCGGAGCCCAUGGAAGGGGCGGAGCCUGGGGGGACCGGAAACGGAGAAGCCGGGGUGGUGUACACCAUGGAGAACAAGCCCAUAGUCACGUGCGCUGGAGACCAGAGUUUGUUCACUGCCGUUUAUUCCACGCUCACCCAGCAGCUUCCUCGGGAGCCCAUGGAAUGGCGGAGGGCUUAUGGCCGCGCUCCUAAGAUGAUCCACCUGGAGUCCAACUUUGUCCAGUUUAAGGAGGAACUCCUGCCCAAAGAAGGGAACAAAGCCCUGCUGACCUUCCCGUUCCUGCACAUCUACUGGACGGAGUGCUGU